AGGGUAUACGGUCAUCUCAAACCUAGAUUACGUAUAGUACGGCCGAGACUGUUUCUGGGAAUACAAUACUCCUUUUAUAUAUCUGGCAUUCUCCUUCCACAGCGGGCUAAAAUGGAACGGUUGAGUGAUUUGGACCGAUCAACAAGUCUUCAACCUCUUCUCUCGCCGGCAUGUGGUUGGCAUAUAGACACAACACAUCGUUCUGGUGACGCCAUCAAACAACAGUUCAUCUUCAAGAAUUUUGACCGCGCUUUCGACUUUAUGACAGCGGUCGCCGAGAAGGCGAAGCUCCUGAACCAUCACCCAGAGUGGUUUAAUGUGUACAAUAAGGUGGAGAUUACUCUGACCACUCAUGAUGCUGGUGGCCUGUCAAAAAAGGAUAUCGAAUUGGCCACCUUCAUUUCUGAGCAGGCCCGUAAUUUUGGUGCUAAACCUGCUGCGAGCUGA